AUGUUGCGUUUAAAAACUUCAAUUGUUGCAGUUCUUCGUUGGCUAGCAUUGCAAAAUUGUUCAUUUAAAGGCCUUGAUGAGAGUGUAAACUCUAAGAAUCAAGGAAACUUUCUUGAACUUAUAAACUUUAUAGCCUCGUACAACAAAGAUGUGAACAAAGUCAUUUUGCAAAAUGCUCUAGGGAAUGCUUCAUAUACGUUUUCCACAUUUCAAAAAGAGAUUUUGCAAAUUUUAGCGAAAAACGUGCAAGAUAAAAUAAGAACGGAAACUGGAGAAUCAAAAUUUUGUGUCAUCCUUGAUGAAUCCCAAGAUAGGGAACUAAGAGAACAAAUGGCAAUUGUUUUGAGGUUUGUUGAUCAUGAUGGAAUAUUAAAAGAACGAUUUUUUGAUCUUGUUCAUGUGGAAAACACUUCAUCAUUAACCUUGCAACAAGAAUUAUAUAAAGUUUUGUCUUAUCAUAACUUGAACCCAAAAAAUAUUCGUGGUCAAGGAUAUGAUGGAGCUUCUAAUAUGAGAGGGGAAUUUAAUGGUUUAAAAGCUUUAAUAUUGAAAGAUUCACCCUAUGCAUACUAUGUUCAUUGUUUUGCUCAUCGACUUCAAUUAGCUUUGGUUGGCGCUACAAAAGAAGUGAUUCCCAUACAACAAUUUUUCACUAAAUUGGCAAUUAUUGUCAAUAUAGUUGAUGCAUCUUCGAAAAGACAUGAUAAUAUAUUAAGGACAUUUGCUUCUAUAGGUACUGUUCUUCUAUCCAUUAUUAAAGAAGGAAAUUCUGAACAACGUGCCAAUGUUGAUGUUGUUUAUGAUACAUUAAUGUCCUUUGAGUUCAUUUUUAUUUUUCACUUGAUGAGGGAACUUUUAGGGAUGACCGCUAGUUUAUGCCAAGCUCUACAACGACGUGGUCAAUAUAUAGUGAAUGCUAUGAGUCUUGUUUCCACAACAAAAGACUUGAUACAAAAUUUUAGAUUGACUGGUUGGGAUGAUUUGUAUCAAAAGGUUAAGUCUUUUUGUGAGAAGCAUAAUGUUGAUAUUCCAGAUAUGACUACUCUUUACACAGCCGCUAAAGGUCGUUCUCAUUAA